AUGAAUCUGGUCUUGAGUGUAUAAAUCAUUCUUUAGAGAUAAAUCCGAAAAUUGCUCAUACUCAUCAUAGCAAAGGAUUUGCAUUAUCAGCUUUAGGUAGAUAAAAAGAAGCCAUAGAAUCUUUUAAUAAAGCAAUAGAACUUGAUAAUAAACUAAUAUGUGCUUACAGCGAUAAAGGAAUGUCUUAUCUUUUACUAAAAGAAUACUCUCUUGCAAUAGAAUGUUUUGAUAAAGCUCUUAGUUUUGAUGCUAAUUACACUUAAGCCUAAAAGGGAAAAAUUCAAGCAGAAAAAUUAUUAUUUUGAACACUAAAGGUACAGUUUAGCAUUUGUCGAAAUGCAAAAUGAAUUAAAUAGAAUUUAAUACAGAUUAUUAAAUCAAUUUUUUUCUUUUACUACUAUUUCUGUUUAGAGUAAAAAAAGGGUCUUACGAUAGUUAAAUUAUCUCUAAAAUACCUAUGGAAUGGCCAAAGCUUUUCUUGCUGAUACAAUCAUAUAUUCAGACUUUUUAUAAAAAUGGUUGGUAUUAUUAAGAAAUGGAAUAUAUAAAAGUAAGGACCAAGAUUCUGGAUGCUCCAUUUAAAUUAUUAUUUUAAAUCAACCCUUUUGUUAUUUUACAUGUAUAAUUUUAUUGUUUCAUAAUUAAGUUACUUGACAAAAAUACACUAAAAUAUACACAGAAUCACAUUCAAAAUAUUAAAUAAGCCAAUCCUUCCUCAAAAUAUUCAUGGAGUAAGGAGUAAUUACAAAUGCAUUUGGUGGGUGGAUAUUGAUUUGUUCUUUUUAAUUUGAAUUGAGAAAUUAUUUACUUUUUUCUGAUAUAAUUCCUCUUGAAUUUAUAAAUAUUAAUAAAACAAUAAUUGCAUUUACUUAAUUUAGAAGAAUUAUUAAUUAUUUUGUUACACUGAUAAGGUAACAAUAUACUCAAAUUAUUAUAGAUAUUUUGAAUACUAAAAUUAAGAGAGUUUAGAAUAGAAUUAGUAUAUCAUUUGA